CUCACUCUAAACAAAAGAAAACGAAAAAACUGCACAAAAGAAACAAAAGAGUCAGCUGUUUGAGAACGUCAUCCGAAAAGUGUAAACAUGCGGCCACAUAGAAAAUACUUUGAUUUGAAUAAUGAUAACGACGUUCAAGCUGCAUUAGACCUCUUAGACGAUUCUGAUGCAGAUUUCAGUGACGAUAAUGAUAUUGAUGAUGAAACUUGGGUACCAUUCAACAUUUUCCCAGAAUAUCCAGCAAGUGAUGAAGAUGAUAAUGAGAAUGCAACUGCAUCAGCAAUUUCUCAGGACGAUUCAAGUGUAGCAGCUCCGCAAACAUCACGGCCAAUCAUUAUUUCUAAUAUUUUGUUAAAUGCAGCACAGCCAUCAUCUAUCAGAAAUGUUUCACUAAAUACGACUCAGUCAUGCACUUCCACAAGUAAUACAGCGAAAAGACGCCAACUAUGGAAAAGUGCUCCAUUUGAUUGCAACGAUCUACCCAUUGCAUCUGGUUGUCAAAACAUAGCAUUAGUGAAAACGCCAUUGGAGUACUUCAAGAAUUACUUCCCAGAAUCGCAUUAUGACGAUGCUAUAAAAUUUACAAAAAUGUACGUUAUGAGCACACGUGGGCAGGAAGUCCGAUAUCAACAAGCCGAUUUUAAACGAUUUUAUGGAUGCGCAAUGAUAGUGGGGUGUCUUGGAUUUCCGAAAAUAAGAAUGUACUGGUCACAUGAAUGCCAAAUUCCUGCAAUUUACAAUUCAAUGUCACGUGACAAAUUUUUGCAAAUGCGAUCGGACAUUCACUUUGCAGAUGUUUCUGUGCCAGACCCCUGUAACAAAUUGUGGCGUGUACAACCUGUGAUCGAUUUAGUAAGAAACCGUAGCAAUAAUUUAGCAACUGAAAUUGCACAGUAUUCAAUGGAUGAACAAGUUAUUCCAUUUACUGAAAGAUGCCCUGCGCGUCAAACAAUUCGAUCAAAACCAAGACCUACUGGUCUAAAAAAUUUGCACACAGGACAAAAAUCACGCAGCAGCGGCCUAAAAGCAAUAUUCUUCAUAGCUGAAGAUGAUUGGUCGGCUGGAAGCCCUAACAUGAAUCCAUACGACUACAGUUUGCGUUCAGACACCAUGCUGACUUACCAUCACUCAAGCGUAUUUGAGCGCAAUGUCGCUUUCCACUCAACAGUGCCGAAGCAACAAGUAUCCACUCAAUUGCUCGGCGUUGAUGAUCCGCGUGCCGGUCGCUUGAUAACGUCUAGUCUUGAGCGCAAAGGAAACGGGCAUGCGCAAUGCUACCAAUUGCCAUUCGAAUUGUCGCAGAGUACUUGUGUGGGUGGUUGGUUGGCUGUUUGGUCCAGCCUUUGUUGA